UUUUUUUUUUUUAAUACACAUUUAAAACAAAUAUUUUUAUUAUGCGUUUCUUCACUGCUCCUAUGGCCGGUUCACUCCGUGCUGCUGCUCAACCUUCUGCUCGUUUUGCCAACAAGACUCCUCGUCUUGCUAUGCGUAAUUAUAGUUCGGAAACACCUAAGAAAAGUGGUGGUAACGGACUCAUUUUCGUUACUCUUUUAGGUUUAGGUGUUGCGGGUGGUCUUUACUACAACCAAUCUUCUUCUGUCUCUACUCACCAAACUCCUGCGAAAGAACAACCAGCUGGCAAGGCUUCUUUUGACCCUACUCAAUUCAAAAGUUUCAAGUUAAUCGAUAAACAAAAAGUCACCCAUGAUACCAGUCUUUUCCGCUUCCAAUUGGAUAGUGAAACUGAUGUGUCUGGUCUUCAUACUGCUUCUUGUGUCAUUACUCGUUAUCCUAUUACUAAGAAAGAUGGUUCUCCUGGUUAUGUCAUUCGUCCUUACACUCCUACUUCCACUGAAGAAACUCAAGGUCAUGUCGAUUUCGUUAUCAAAAAUUAUGCCAAUGGUAAGAUGAGUAAGCAUAUUCACAACUUGAACAUUGGUGAUGAAUUGGAAAUCAAGGGCCCUAUUGGCAAGUAUCCUUGGGAUGAAAAAAAGGUGGAAAACGUUGGUAUGGUUGCUGGUGGUACUGGUAUCACUCCUAUGCUUCAAUUGAUUCGUCGUAUAUUUGAUCCUAUUCAUAAAGAUGAAAAGACCAAGGUGACUUUGAUUUUCGGUAAUCGUACAGAAGAAGAUAUUUUGCUCAAGGAAGAAUUGGAUAAUUAUGCCAAGACUCAUCCCGAUCGUUUCAAGGUGAUCUAUGCUCUCGAUACUGCUCCUGCAGAUUGGGAUGGUAUCAAGGGUUAUGUGACCAAGGAUGAUAUUCAAAAGUACUUGCCUGGUCCCGAAAAGCCAUCCUCCAUCAUCUUUGUGUGUGGUCCUGAUCCUCUUUUGGCUACUGUAGCUGGCCCCAAGAAUCCUGACAAGAGCCAAGGCGAAGUCACUGGUAUGCUCAAGGAACUGGGUUAUGACUCUUCCAAUGUCUACAAGUUCUAAUCUGUAUAGUAUUAGUUGUAUAUUGUAUGAAAAUAAAAUCAUGAUUAUUUUGGGCGUCUUUCCAUUUUUUUUUUUUU